UCUUAAGUCUCAAAGCUGUAGAAACAAUGGCUCGAUUAAGUCAUAUUGCGUUGAGCAUUGCUGUGAAUGUACUUGUACUGAUGUGCAUUUUUGCACAAGAAGAGCGUUAUUCUGAUGAGAUCGAUCAUUUCGAUUAUCAUAUUUUUUUCAAAAAUAAUACUAUUCGAGAUGCAUAUUACGAUUGCUACAUGGAAAUAGGACCGUGCCAGACAGACAUAAUGACAUACAUAACAGGGAUUUUCAGCGAAGUUUACCAAAGUAAUUGCAAGAAGUGUACUGAAAAACAAAAAGAAAUGUUUUUAGCAGUUACUGACUGGUUCCGGAAGAAUGAGCCCAAUAAAUGGCAACUAGUAGUCGCGAAGACAAUAAAAGAUAUGAAGAAGAAAGCUACUCAAUAAUUAUCGACAAUUUAG